AUGGAUAUGGCGGCGCUCAUUCGCGCUCUCGAUCGCAACUGUCUGUUGUAUAAUUUUAGAGAAAGGAGAUUUGUUUUGGUCCACCACCUUCGUGGAGAUUCGUUGGUCGUGGCAUUUCAUAUCGCGGCACGUCCGUUUCGCUCGCUAUUAUUUGAUGCGACGUUGCCAUACUUCUUUGGGGCUUCGGCUCGAUCGCUCGGUCGACCGCAGGCUGGUGGACGGAGAAGGUGCCGGGCUACAGUCAGUCGGCCGCGCAGCUCGGUGCGCGACGUUCGUGCGCGGAGGGUCUUGUUUUCGUCCCUUCAUACCCCGGUGCUCAAUAAACGUGAGUGCGAGCGAGAUAACAUAUCCUAGAGAGAGGAAACGGUGAAAGAGUGAGACGACACUAUGGCAGUGUCGCAACCUCGCCCACCUGACCGUGUUGACGCCGCGCUCGAAAAAGUUGCGCCGUUGCGCUAUUUGAAGGCGCACGAAUGUGCUCGCUCCGAGCGUACCGUGACGCGUUAUUAUCAUAAGCCCUUGUCUUAAAAGAGGUUUCUGUAUUAUUUGAGGUGAAAUCAAUUGAAAAUCGAAGAAUUCAACGUUAUCUCACAAGGUUUCCAGCGGUGACCGGGUGAUGGCCACUUGAGCCAAGAUGAUGAAGCGAACCGGUCCCCGUCUGGGGCCUGACGAGCCCUCAGCCAUACCGCAAUCUGCUGCUCAGAUUCAGCAAGCGGGUGCCAGCAACAUGCAUACGUUGGCCCAAUCGGCUCAACCGCAAUUAUUAGGAGCGACAGCGAUGCUGUCAGUGAGUGGGGGCUUCAGUCGCGGCCCGGCGCGUGCCAACGCCCCCGCCGUCAUCAACUACCUGAAGCCCAACACGGUGCAAUACGCGCCGAAGCAGCCGCCUCAAGUGCCGCCGAGGCUUAAGCUGGUUCAGCAACCAGCCCCGCUACCCAUCGCUGGACGCCAGUCGCCCGGUCUGGCGGCGCCGCUGGCAGCUCAGCCGGCGGGACAGUUCCAGCGACUGAAAGUCGAGGAUGCACUCACGUAUCUCGAUCAAGUCAAAUACAAAUUCAACACUCAGCCCCAGGUGUACAAUGACUUCCUGGACAUCAUGAAGGAGUUCAAGAGUCAGACUGUUGGUUGCAGAAUCGAUACGCCCGGCGUCAUUACCCGGGUGUCGAACUUGUUUAAAGGUCACCCGGAGCUGAUUGUUGGAUUCAAUACCUUCCUGCCGCCGGGAUAUAAGAUCGAAGUCCAGAGUAAUGGACAGGUAUCAGUGUCCAUGCCAUCUCCCACCGGAGCGGGCUGCGGGCCCGUGGGCGUGAGUGGAGUGGGCGGCGUGGGCGUGGGCGCCGUGAGCGGCGGCGGCGGCGGCGGUGGUGGCGGCGUGCUGCUGGGUGUGCACCACGCGCCGCCACAGUCGCAGCUCGUGCACCUGCUGCCAGUGCCACAGUCAGUCAAUACAGCAAUAGUUCACAACUUGUCUGUGAACGCAACGCCGGCGAACACCCUGCAUCAUAUCUCUCAAGCCCAUCAGCAGAUUGAAGCCGCAGCUAUACAUCAUCCACCAGGCUCGGCGCCCAGCAGCGCGGCGCACGCGGGCGCGGCGGCGGGGCAGCCCGUGGAGUUCAACCACGCCAUCGAGUACGUCAACAAGAUCAAGUCCCGUUUCUCCAGACAGCCAGACAAGUACAAGCGUUUCCUGGAGAUCCUUCACGCUUACCAACGAGGUCAUAGGGACGUUAAGGAGCCUCAGGCGAAGCAACAGACUGAACAGGAAGUCUAUUCGCAGGUGGCAAAAUUGUUUGAGAAUCAAGAUGAUCUAUUGGCUGAGUUCGGUCAGUUUUUACCAGAUGCAAAGGCGGUAACCAAACCCGCACACAUUCCGCCGCAUUCGAGAUCACCACCGCCACAGGCGCCGGUGGUUCCGCGCGAGGAAGAGCGCUACGCGGCGGCGUCUCCCCCGCCGCACGCGCCGCACCCCCCGCACCCCACGCACGCGCCGCACGCCGUGCACGCGCCGCACGCACCGCACACGCAGCUACACCACGCGCCGCCACUCCCGAAGCACACGAGUGCACCCGUCGCCCCUCCACAGCAUCACCAUCUCAAGAGGUCGCCUAGCUUCGGAUCCUCUACUCAGAUCGAUGGCUAUACGGUGCCAUCGGAGCCAGUCCGCGUCAGUAAUGUGCCGUGUGCCGCAGCGGGCGGGGCUCCGCCGGCGAAGAAGGCGCGCGCGGGCGGCGCGUCCCCGGCGCUGCGCGACGUGUCGCUGGCCGACGCCGCCAAGCUGGCCACCGCACACGACUACGGGUUCUUCGACCGCGCGCGCAAGGCGCUGCGCUCGCAGCACGUCUACGAGAACUUCCUCAGAUGCCUUCUACUCUUCACCAAUGAGAUCAUCUCAUCAUCUGAGCUCCUCUGCGUCACCGAGCCUUUCCUCUACCGUCACCCGGAACUAAAGAAAUGGCUACAAGAUUUCGUGGGUCCGGUCUCACCACCGCACACACCGACCACUACUCAUACUGGCUACAACAACUUCAGUAGCACAAGCAGCUUACUCAGCUGUGAGCGAUCCAGGCUCGGAUCGGAGACGAAGCGACAUGAACCCCUCGGGGCAUAUGGUGCCCAGUUGAGGCACGAGAGGCCUCAAGGAGACGCUGCUAUGGAUAUAGAUCUGUCGACGUGUAAGAGGUUAGGCACAUCGUACUGUGCGUUACCACGCGAAGCGGCUGCGAGGCGAUGCUCUGGACGAACGCCGCUUUGCAAAGAGGUUCUCAACGACACGUGGGUGUCCUUUCCGACGUGGAGUGAGGAUUCGACUUUCGUUACAUCGAGGAAAACUCAGUUCGAAGAAUACAUUUAUCGCUGUGAAGAUGAGCGAUUCGAGCUGGACGUGGUGAUCGAGACUAACGCGGCCACCAUCCGCGUGCUGGAGGGCGUCCAGAAGAAGCUGUCUCGCAUGACCAGCGAGGACGCCGCCAAGUACCGUCUUGACGACAGCCUGGGGGGGCACUCGCCCACAAUACACCAGCGCGCGCUUCGCCGCAUCUACGGCGACAAGGUGGCGGUGGACAUUAUCGCGGGAUUAAAGAAGAAUCCUGUUGUUGCAGUACCUGUCGUGCUGAGGCGGCUCAAAGCUAAGGAGGAGGAGUGGAGGGAAGCUCAAAAGGGCUUCAAUAAACAAUGGCGCGAGCAGAACGAGAAGUACUACCUGAAGUCGCUGGACCACCAGGGCAUAAACUUCAAACAGAACGACUUGAAGGCGCUGCGCUCCAAGUGCCUGUUCAACGAGGUGGAGAGCGCCUACGCCGCGCGCCGACCCGGCCCGCACCUCGUGGCCGACUACGGCCUGCGCACGCGCCACGAAGCGAUCAAAAUAGUUCGUGACGCAGCUGAACUGUUGAUCCACCACGCGAGGAGACAGACAGGCAUACAGAAGGCCGAAAAGCGAAGAAUCAAACAACUGCUUAGGCAUUUUCUUCCUGAUCUGUUCGCCCAUCCUCGGCAACCCUUGUCUGAUGAUGAGAGAGAUGAAGAAAAAGAAGAGCCAAAUAGUCCAGACAGUCCAAGUGCAGAUCAGGCUGCUGAUGAUAAAGGAGGGAGCGUCAAACAAGAGAAACAGGAGUCGUCGGAGUCCGAUAAUGCGUCCGACAAAAGCAGUCGAAACAACAAGAACGACAAAGAGAAUAAACCUAAAAACAACAACACAGCUGACAGUAAAGAUAGCACAAACUCCAUUAAACGCAGCAGUAGCAACGAAGAUUCUGUCAACAUGAAGAUCGAGGUCAAAAGUGAGCAGGAUAUUGAAGAUGAUUACAGAGAUCAUCCAUCUAAUGAGGCGCGCUUCGUGUGCACGUCGUCGUGGUACCUGUUCCUGCGCCUGCACGGCAUCCUGUGCCAGCGGCUGGGCGCGGCGCGGCGGGCGGCGCUGGCGCUGGCGCAGGCCGAGACCUCCCGCGCCGCCGCGCGCCCGCCCAGCGUGGCCGCCGCGCUGCGCCUCAAGCCCUCCAAUUUACCAGUGGAAGCUUCUUCGCCAGCGGAAUACUACAAUGCGCUCCUCGAGCUGGUGAAGGGCGUGCUGGACGGGAACGUGGACGCGAACGCUUACGAAGACGCCGCGAGGGAGAUGCUCGGAAUCAAGGCCUAUCCCGCCUACACGCUCGACAAGCUGGUGUCUACGGCUGUUCGACAGCUGCAGCACUGCGUGUCGGAGAGCUGGUCCUCGCGCGCGGCGGAGCUGGCUGCGCGAGGCAUGCGCGGCUCGGCGGCCUACGUGCGGCGCGCGCUGCGGGCGCUGCGCGCGCACCACACCGCCUUCCUCGUCAGAGUGUAUGGCGGGGACGAUUGUAAAGUGACGUUUGAGUUACUGGAGGCUGCGGGCGAGGGUCACGCUUCGCCCCACCACGAUUCCUCUAGACUGUCGCCCACUAACCAGUCGCGCAGCCGCGAGACGAACGGCGAGGCGGUGUCGCGGCUGGCGGCGUGGUCGCUGUACGCCGAGAGCUACGCGCGGCCGGACGCGGGCGGCGCGGGCGCGGCGGCGGCGCGCAACAAGCCCGUGUUCCUGCGCCGCAACGCGCGCCGCGCCGGCGCCGCGCCCGCGCCGCACACCGCCAGUGCCGCCGCCGACUGCGCGCCCGCCGUGCGGCGCCGCAAGCCGCCGCGCCUGCACGACCACUCCGAGUGCACGCUCGCCAACACCAUCCGGUUGGUGGCGUGUCGACCGCAGCAGCUGUACCGCGCGGGAUGCCUGGCGCUGGCGCGCGCGUCGCACGCUCGCCUGUCCGCGGCGCGGCGGGCUCGGUUCCGCGCCUGGCUCGCGCGCCGCUCGCUCGCCAACACUUAGCCAGCCCGCGCCUCGCGCGAGAAGGCGACCCGCGCGCGCGACUGUCGAUACUGAGGCGUCCCGGACGUCCGUGCGAAACGAGAAUGACAUUAUUGAAGUAGACAAACUUUUUAAAUCUACGAUAAAACUGUCAAUUUUUACUGAAUCGUUUUUCUUCUGUGAUGAAAGGUUUUUCAUCUGAUUCACUUACAAACUUACUGUCUGACCGACUUUCCAUAAUUAUGAUAAGAAAUCUCAAUUAAAUCGCGUUCUUUUACUGAAUUGAAAUGAAAUUGUAUCUCCGAUACGAUGUUUAUUUUUAUUUGUCAAUUGAACAAAAAUGUAAGUAAACGACAGUCGCGGCGCUACGGACGCGGCCUGAAUCUAAAUUAGAUAUUUAUUGAAACGCUCUGUUCGUCCGAAACAAGAUAUAUUUUGUUAUGCAUUCGAUGUAACGUUUAUUAUUUUGUUAAUGUUGAUUCUAUUUUGUAAAACAAUAUAGGUUUUUUUUUGUUUAUAUACAAUAUGUUGCCUAACGAAAGAUAACACACCCAGGAAUAAUAAAGAUUGAUGAAUUUUCUUAAAUUUUUAUCACCUCACUUUGUUGUCGUACUGUGUAAUCACUUGGUUUUUAACUGUAGAUCGUGGGUUCAAGUACCUUUCACUUGCUUCGCUUAUAAAUGUCAUUGUAUUAUUCAUGAUAGAAUAUUAUGAAAAUCUUUCGUUAGUUAACAUAUCAAGAUAAACCAAAACAUUUUAUAGGUAUAUUGUAAAAAUUUAUUACUUUAAAUUAAACAAUAUUGUUUAAGUUAAUUUGCAAUGCAAAUUCAUUCGUCAUUAUGAUUAUAAUUCGCUAUUAUUUCGUAUUUAAUGUAAAUAUAUUGAAUAAAAAAGUUUUAUUUAUGUAAUAAUAACCAAAAGCAGUAUUUAACGGAUGGACAGAGUGUCAAUGGAAUCGGUCCACUGAAGGAAUACAGGGUAACCCAAUAACUGUAUUAACUCGAAAAAAUAAAAGAUAUAAAUGUAUGCUAAAGCAUCGCUCAAAGUUUUUUUGGACCGAUUUCAUAAUCUCGCGCCUAGGUCCCGUUUUAGUGACCUAGGAUGCCUAGGGUAUAGUUUUGACCCUGACUACAUGAUUAAUGCUUUUCAGAGCACCUGUAAAUAAAACUCUGAAAUAAUUAGUCCAGUAGUGUGUAAAGAUCUCUUUUAAAAAGUACAGUCUGUAAAUAUUUUGACAGUGAUUUUAGAGUUUAAUUGUUGAAGAACCAAUCUUGUUAAUUCAUAUAAAAUGACUUGUCGAAAGGAAUAAAUAUUAUUAUAUUUAUAAUA